AGAACCGGCUGCCCACAAACGCUCGCCAGUCGCCGUGCCAUCAAGGUCUAUCCGAAAUAGUAUUCUCGAAAAAUUUCUCAAACACAACCCAAGUGAAAAUGGUGUCGAAUGUGAAGCUUUUCCUGGGCCUCACCGUCCUGGCCACUCUGGCCUGCACGGGGUAUGCCAUCAAGUGCUAUCAAUGUGAUUCGAUCACGAACCCGAAGUGCGGCGAGAAGUUCGAGAAGGAUAGUAGUCAUCUGCUGGAUUGCUCCAAGAUUGCCCCACCACGAUUCCUGCAGAACUUCUUCCCCGUUCGCAAUGCCACCGGUUGCCUGAAGAAGGUCUUGGACACGGUGCCCAAGCAUCCUCAGAUCAUUAGAAGCUGCUACUUUGGAGAUGUUAGCAACACUCAGGUCGGUUGCCAAGACGAUCCCUCGCUGUCCUUUGCCAAGCAGCUGGGCUGUGAUGUUUGCACCAAGGACGAGUGCAACGGAUCCACCUCCUUGGCCCCCGUGGCAGGAGCCAUCCUGCUUUUCUUCGGCGUUGCCCGUCUGUUGGCCUAAGGGAUUAAUUCCUGAUAUGACAUUGUAAACCUUCGUCAACAUCGUAGUUGUUAUGAGCUUUCUGCUUUAAAGGAUCUAUCUGCUUUAGUCACUUUUGAAUCUCUGUUAAUUGUUGUACACCACCUGACGUGUCUUUUUUUCGCAAUAAAAUCAUUUUAUUUAUUUGAAA